AUGGUUUUUGCAUUCCCCUUCACUCUUGAGGGGCAAGCAAAAGAGUGGUUCUAUUCCCAAUCAGAUGAAGUGGUGAUCGAAUGGGAUUUAUUGAGAAGAGAGUUUCUAGACAAGUUCUUUCCGCUGGAGAAAACCGAUUACAUCCGCAAGGAAAUUUUCGAUAUAAUGCAAAGAGACCAAAAGACACUUUAUGAGUACUGGACCCAAUUCAAGAGGUUAUUAGAAUCUUGUCCACAUCAUGGAUUGGACACUCACUUUCUCAUUAGCUACUUCACUGGAGGUCUUUGCGCGUCGGAUAGAAGAUUGUUAACCACUUCUCGUGGUGGUUCCCUUUCUAAGAACAAGACGACGGUGGAAGCAUGGAGUUUGAUCAAUGACGUUGCUGAAGCUACCCAACAUGUGAGAGUAAGGAGAAACCCUCACAAGGGUGUGGUGGAGGCACCUUCAUCCGAAUCAACUUUGACCAAGGUGCUUGGAGACAUGACUACUCUCCUCGCGGAGAUGCGCAAAGAGCAAAAGGCGUUCUACUCCAUCCAAGCUAUUCAAGCCCCACCUCAAAUACAAGAGGACUACACUCUUGCAGUAGCCAAUGUGAACCAUAACCGUCCACCCUAUCAGUCUCAAGGCCAAAACAACUACCCUCAUGGUAAUAGUUCCAAUCAAGGGUGGAGGGAUAAUGGUCAAGGGAAUAACCACAACCAAAGAUGGAACCAAGGCAACUCAUCCUCUCAUUACCACAACAACAAUCAAUUAUCUUCUCAUCACAACAAUAACCACCAAGCCAACCAAUACCACAACAAUAACCAUCAAGCACCUCACCAAAACCAAAACAACCAUUCUAGAUACCAAGCACCUCACCAAAGACAACAGUCCAAUCAACCUUCUUCUUCCACCAACCAAGUUGAUGAUUCAAACUGUGCACUCUAUCAAGAGCAAGAAAGGCUUAGAGCUAUGGUAGAGAAACAUAAAGAGAACAGUAGGGCCCAAUUCGGUAACAUGAGUGCUCAAUUGUCCAACAUAAUAGAAUUAAUCUCAAAGAUGUGCCUACCUCCUACCAACAAUACCACCACCAACCAAAUCUCUAGCUCAUCUAGCCUUCCUUCUCAACCUCUCCCAAACACAAAGGGUAGCAUCAAUGCAAUCACUUUGAGGAGUGGUACAACGCUUAACGAAGUUGAGCCCGAGCCUGUCCAGCUGGCGGAGGAUGUUCCUAAUGUAGAAGUUGGUGACACAAUGGAUAUUGACGAAGAUGAAAAGGAGGAAGAAGUUGCAAGGAAGGAAGAAGAAUAA